AUGCCUGACGCCUUUUUCGCAUCCUCCAAAAAUCGCAAGCGUAAGCGGUCAAGCACUAAGGAUGCAGGUCCCUCCACUUCCAAGAAGAUGGCCCACAGCGCAAAGGGCAAACUGCGAAAACCAGCACCUGCGAAGAAACGUACCACGGGCGACGAAGAGCUCUCCGACGAGACGCAAGAUGACGACCAGGAGGGAAUAGACCAGAUGGACUUGCGGGCCCCGGAGGUGGACCCCAACGCGUACGAGAGCGGGGAGGAGGACGAGGACGAGACCCCCGCGCAGAAGCGGCUUCGGCUCGCAAAGCUCUACCUUGAGGGCGUGAAGCAGGGCCUCUCGCUCGCCGACGGCGAAUUUGACGCAGCCGAGAUCGACCGCGAGCUCGUCUCUGCGCGACUAAAACAGGACGUCAUGGAGCAUUCCGGGAAGAUGCACCUGCUCGUCGCGGGCACUUUCGACCUCUCCGUACCCUCACCGUCUCUGCGCACGAAACACGCGCACCGGUGUUCCGUGACCGCCGCGGUGGCUUCGCACGACGCCCGCUGGCUCUUUACCGCCGGCAAGGAGGGCUCCAUCGUCAAGUGGGACUUGCGCACCGGGAAGCAGGCCCACGGCAAGUCGCGCGAUACUGGUGAUGUCCAGGGGCACACGGACGAAGUCUGGGCGCUCGCGCUCAGCCCGGACGGCAAGUACCUCGCGAGCGGGGGAAAGGACCGGCGCGUGGGCGUGUGGGACGUCGAGAAGGAUGCGUGGGUGAAGGGCUUUGGCGGACAUCGGGACAGCAUAUCGGUGAGCAGCCUUGGCGCAGCCUCAACGCAGACUCCGACGCAAUUGUACUCCGGAUCGUAUGACCGAACGCUGAAGCUCUUCGACUUGACCACCAUGGGCUACGUCGAGACGCUCUUUGGGCACCAAGCACCCGUGCUGGCCCUUGAUGUGCUCCGCGGGGAAACCGCGACGGUGCGGUAUUGGAAGGUUCCGGAAGAGACGCAGCUCGUAUUCCGCGGCGGCGGGCGCAGCAAGCUUUACGACGACCUCGACCUGGACGGUGGUGAUGAGGCGGAGAAGGCGAAGGCGAAAGGAAAGGACUCGAAGGCUGAGAAGUUUGUGGAGGGCAGUAUCGAAUGCGUCGCGAUGAUCGACGAGACCACGUUCGUGAGCGGGGCGAUAGCGGGUAUGUCGAUCUCCCUGUGGUCCACACAGCGAAAGAAGCCUGUGUACACGCAAGCACUCGCCCACAGCAUGGACCUCGCCCAGGUCGAGGCGGAAAAGAUCCCCACGAUCCGUCAACCACGGUGGGUGACCGCUCUGGCGAGUCUCCGAUACUCCGACCUCUUCGCUUCCGGGUCCUGGGACGGCGAAGUCGUUCGCACUCCUCGGCACAUCCCCGUCCUCGGCGUCGUCAACACCCUCCAGCUCGUCCCCGCACCGAAAGACUUCUUCGCCGCCGCCGCGUGGGCCGCCGCCCCGUCACGGUUGAACGGCGACGACGCGGAACCUGAACCACACCCGCAAGCGAACGGGGCGACGGUGAAGGCGGCAUCGAGGGCAACGCCGGUGCUGCUGGUGGCGGGCGUGGGUCAGGAGAUGCGUGCGGGGCGGUGGAUCUCGAAGAAGGGCGAGGGGUGCGUGAACGGUGCGGCGGUGUUUGCGCUGCACCCUCGGACAUGA